GGCAACAAUCGUGGGCCCAAUACUAGGGACACUGGGCAACGUCCUCAUCGGCGGCGCCGCGAAAAGAGACUGAUGACGAUGGAAGAAGUCAACGAGAAAUUCCCCACGAUGAAGUACGGGACUUUGGUGUUAGAACGUGCUAGAGAAGGGCGGCCAACCCCUGGCGUUGUAUCCGUCCCGGCGAGUCGGGCCAAUAGUGUCCAGGAAACGAACGACAAGGUUCUCGAUAAACCAGCCAGAUAUAGGCAAAGGGAAGGAAAAGAAGACAUCGAGGAGACCGACACCGAAACCAGACAGCCUACAAGUCCAAGUCCAACAUCACAGACGCAGGAAACUCCGCGUCACGUCCACCAGGGCUCCUCAGGUGGCGGCAACGGAGAUGGAGAUGAGCACAUAUAUUCUCUUCCCAAUUCGGAAUGCCCCAGCAUCCUCAUAAAUCCUUGCGCGGUUUGUAUCAGCAGCCUGGAAAGUGAUGAUGAUAUUCGAGCAUUGACAUGCGGCCAUGCAUUCCACGCUCCAACCCCAGAGGGUGACCCCAACGCUGCGGGUGAUCUCGGCCCGCGCGACAGCGAUCGGCUCAGCCUUCCCAGAGGCUUGCGCGCGGCAUGGUUCCAAGGCAGCGAUUCAAAUUUAUCACGUCAAGGGACAUCGGUGAUACGUGUUGGGGGCGAAUCUCGCUCGUGGCAAGCUACCCUUGAACAACCUCAAGAUCAGGUUCAACGGGACGCAGCGAUCACUCCUGCUCCCCGUGUGCAGACACGACUUAGGACGUCGGUACAGCUAUCUAAUGAUGGCAUGUCCCCAACCGUCCGACCGCCUCAGUGCGCUGGUCAACCAAAUAACCACAAGCCCAUUACCCAGAACACCGAGUCCAGGAUGAAGGAAAUGAUAACUCCGUCACAACUUGAAGCCGGAAGUUCCGAGCAUUGAUGCAGGUAGUUAGACGUGCGCUGUGUUAUACGUGGCCUCAAUACUGCGAUACCUGCGGCCGCGGUUGGUACACUGGAAUUGAAGAUUAUUGGAAUGCGCUCGAGGGUUUGGUAGCGCAUGGCGUAGAAACCAAGUGGCAGCUUGUGCUGUACUUUAUGAACUUAAG